UUAAGCUUCAGUCCCAAAUUUCACUUUUAGGGUUUGUAAAUAAUGGCCGGUUCAUCACCGUCGCAGUCGCCGGCGACGAAGGAAACCACCAUAUCCGAUCUGGACGAGGACACCAUAGCUCACUGCGCCGCCUACAUGAACCUCCGCGACGUUUGCAAUUUGGCGAUGACAUCCACCUCUCUCAAACGCCUCGCAUAUUCCGAUUCCAUUUGGCAACACUUCUUCAGGGAGCAUUGGCAUCAACAAAUACCUUCUUCACAUUCGAGUGGAACUAGUAGAAAAGCGAGGGAACUGUAUCUGACCAGGCACACCGAGUUGCAACAGUUCAAGUUCCUUGACCCAUUUUCUCUUGACUUUUUUCCACACGUUGAACCUAUAAACCAUUUGCUCCUUCACAAAAAUCGGAUUUUCUUCGCACAGGGUUCACUUGUAGGAAUGAUAAAUUUGGAUGGCUAUCAGAAGGGGACAGAUCAUUUUGUCCACACGUUAAGUGAUCAUAGAGCAAGAAUCACCUCUAUGAGAUUAUUUUCCCUUAAUGGAUUCUCUUUACUUCGAGGCAACACAGCAGAAGUUUUGGUUACCUCAAGCUGUGAUCACUCCAUACGUCUGUGGUGGAAGGGUUCUUGCCUGCGAUGCUGGAGAGGUCACAAUGGUCCAGUGUUGUCACUAUCAAACAAAUUAUUGGGAGAGGAUAGCUGCAAAGUAUUGGCAAGUGGAGGAGAAGAUUGUACUGUACGACUAUGGUCUCUUAGCUCAAGUGGCAAGCGGGGACGGCAUGCUUUAAAGGCUACACUCUAUGGGCAUGAAAAACCUGUAAAUUUGAUGUCAGUUGCUGGGCACAAAACUUCGCUUUUGGUGACCAUGUCUAGAGAUUCUAAGGUGAGGGUUUGGGAUACAAGUACGACUACAUCAUCUGCUGUUCGUUCGUCCUUUUGUGUGGGAAUGACUUCUUUUCCUGGUGCACCUGUAAACAUGAAAUGCUAUGAAUCGCUAUUGUAUGUGGCAGCUGGUUCCUCUGUCACUGCAGUUGAUCUAAGGACAAUGCAGAAAGUUAUCACUGCCGCUGUGCAUCAAUCAAAGCUGUAUUCAUUUGAUGUUGUCCCUUCAAAGUCUUUAAUCUGCACCGGCGGUGAUGACAGAGCAAUGUUGUGGGAUAUUAGGAAAAAUCAAGAAUCAUUAACACCAAAACCGAUAGCUGAGUUGGAUGGACAUUGUGGACCAGUAACAUUAUUGCACAUGGAUCCAUACAAAAUAGUUACUGGGGGCCCUGAUGAUGAAUGCGUUAAUGUAUGGGAAGUUGACACUGGUGUACAAACAAAUUCCUUGCCUUGCUUUAAUGGCUUAUCUGGCUGUAAUGCCAUGGCUGUAGAUGGAUCUAGAGUCACCACUGCUACUUAUUCUCAAGAUCUGACUGUUUUGCGCUUUAGGGACUACCACAAUGCUAAAAAUCCUCUUACGAAACUAGAAAGUGAACCAUCUUCAAAAUUUUGGGAUUCUCUGUCUGAUGGUAACAGCAAUGACUGAUGAUCUUGAUGGCUCCCAAAAUUGUAUAGAUCAUUUUGUUUUUUUUCAGUUGAUUGGUUAGAAGGUUGGUUUUCUAUGAGAUCCUUAUAUUUAAGGCCUAUCCUAAAAUGCAUAUAUUGUUGGGGCAGUGAGGGUGGAUAUUUUGCUUAACCCAACCCUGCCCCGUACCCUCAGAUCAAAACCUAAAGAGUAUUUAUAUGAUGUAUUUAUAUAUGGGUUAUGUUUAUCUCAUUUUACAUGGGAUAAACAACUCUUACACACACAA